AUGAAAGUUUUGUUGUAUGACUCACGUUUGCGUCUCUUUCCAGGUAAAUUGAGAUCUAGAUGGCUGGGGCCAUUCAAGGUGCUUCAAGUUUUCCCUCAUGGAGCUGUUGAAAUUGAGAACCUAAGGAACGGGACAACUUUCAAGGUGAAUGGGCAGCGAUUGAAACAAUACUUGGAUGAUGUAGUGGAAACACAAGUUGUGGACUCCCUUUAG